UCCAUAUGUAUAUUGUUGACUAGAAGGUCCGUCUCUUCUGCCCUUAAAACAAGAGUACAUCUAUAUCUCCAUUGUUGUUUUCAGAAAACACCGUUCAAAAAUCGACACCAACCCAGAAUGAUUUUGAUUAUGCGGCGGAUUGUUCAGACAAUCUUGUUGGUUUCUCUUCUUGUUUUUCCAGUUGCAGGAAUCAGAUCAAUUCACAUCAAUGAAGACGACGGGUAUUUGAAGUUCAGUGAAGCACCGGCGUAUCAGAACGAAGCUCAAUGUCCGAUUUCGGGUUCGGAUAUGGCGUGUGACCCGACCCAUGUUCACAUAGCGAUGACACUUGAUUCGCAGUAUUUGAGAGGGACAAUAGCAGCAGUACACUCCGUUCUGAAACACUCAUCGUGUCCGGAAAACAUCUUCUUCCAUUUCAUUGCUUCUACUUCGAGAUCAGUUCAUCCGAUUCAACUGACCAAGAUCAUGAGAUCUACAUUCCCUUCGUUGAGGUUCAAGGUCUAUGAAUUUGAAGAACACGGUGUUACGAAUCUAAUCUCGUCUUCAAUAAGACAAGCUCUGGACAACCCGCUUAACUACGCAAGAAUUUAUUUGGCUGACAUACUGGAUCCUUGUAUAAAGCGCGUGAUUUAUUUAGAUUCAGAUGUGCUGGCAGUGGAUGAGAUUCAGAAGCUAUGGAGGAUUCCUUUAACCGGGUCAAGAGUAAUUGGAGCUCCACAGUAUUGUCAUGUAGAUUUGAGCAAGUAUUUCACCGAAGAAUUCUGGUUAGACCCAGAACUAUCUUCAGUUUUUGGAGGGAAAAGUCCAUGUUAUUUCAAUACAGGAGUGAUGGUGAUAGAUUUGAUGAAAUGGAGAGAGGGUGAUUAUACUAAAAGGGUUGAGAAUUGGAUGAGAAUUCAGAAGGAAAAGAGGAUUUACCAGUUGGGUUCAUUGCCUCCAUUUUUGUUGGUAUUUGGUGGGGAGAUUGAAGGGAUUGAUAAGAGAUGGAAUCAGCACGGACUUGGCGGGGAUAAUUUGGUGAGGAGUUGCAGGAAAUUGCAUCCGGGACCUGUGAGUUUGCUUCAUUGGAGUGGGAAAGGGAAGCCAUGGGACAGGCUUGAUGCUCAUCAGCCUUGCCCUGUUGAUUAUCUUUGGGCGCCUUAUGAUCUUCAUAGACCAAAGUAGAAUUUCUUCCGGUAGAUAAAAAUUCAAUUUUUUAAUUCUUUUCUUCUUUAAUUCGUUACAGUUUCACAACUAUAUAUUUAUAUAUAUAUAUAUAUAUGUUGUGCAUGUAUAGACAGUGAUGAAACAGAGAUGUCUUGUAUAAGUUGCUUUUCCCUUGUUCAAAGGGAGAAACAUUGGCAUCCGGAAAAAGUAUAAUACCAGCAUUGAUGAUAACCU